AUGCACGAUGGUGGACGUCCGUCAAGGCGCGAUCCGAUUGGCAAGAAGAGGUUCCAGAAGCGACUUGAAAGCCACCAAGUGGGUUACGUCGUGCGUGUAUGGUCUGAAGGAAUUUCGCCUUUUGUCACCGACUUGGCCCACGUCGGAAAGAUCGAGAUUUGGAAGAGAAUCUGCAGGCUGAUGAUCUCAAAAGUGUCCCGUGUCUGGUCAGCGUUGUCCUGGGCCAAGCGGAGUCUCUCCUCUCACAGCCAGUCAGCCCCGCAGGCACCUGCAGAUCAACAGGCAGCCCAGAUUGGCUUGAAGAGGGGGAAUGCCGUAGUACAAAAUGUUGACGUGAUGAAAAUAUGA